UGCUCCUCCUCUUCCUCCUCCAGCAGCAGCGGGAGGAGGAGCAGGUCCGCGGGCGAGCGCGCAGCCCCGAGCCCAACCCGCACCGGAGCCCUCCCCCCGCUGCUCCCAUGCGUGCGGGAGGGUCAUGAGCACAGCGCCCUCGCUUUCUACCCUGAGAAGCAUUAAGCACAGCGGAGGAGGAGGAGGAGGAGGCGGAGGAGGCGGAGGAGGCGGAGGAGGCGGCGAUCCCGCCUGGACCAGCGCGCUCUCUGGGAAUAUCUCCGGCCGCGGCCCCGGCUCGUCCCCGGCCGGCACCACCAAGCCUUUCCUCCACGCUGUACCGCCUUCGGAUCCCUUGCGCCAGGCAAACCGCCUGCCCAUCAAGGUGCUGAAGAUGCUGACGGCACGGACGGGACACAUACUGCACCCCGAAUACCUGCAGCCCCUGCCCUCCACCCCCGUCAGCCCCAUUGAGCUCGAUGCGAAGAAGAGCCCGCUGGCCCUGCUGGCGCAGACCUGCUCCCAGAUCGGGAAGCCGGACCCGUCGCCCUCCUCCAAGCUGUCCUCCGUCACCUCCAACGGGGGCGGCGGCGGCGGGGCCGGGGGAGAGAAGGAGGCCAAGUCGGGCCCGCUGAAGCUCAGCGACAUCGGCGUCGAGGACAAGUCGAGCUUCAAGCCGUACUCGAAGCCCGGCGCGGAGAAGAAGGAGGCCGGCGGGGGAGGAGGAGGUGGAGGAGGAGGUGGAGGAGGAGGAGGAGGAGGAGGAGGAGGAGGAGGAGGAGGUGUCUCGUCGGAGAAGUCGGGAUUCCGAGUCCCGAGCGCCACCUGCCAGCCGUUCACACCCAGGACAGGGAGCCCCGGCUCCGGCGGCGCCUCGGCCUGCUCCCCCGGCGGCCUCCUGCCCUCGGCCCUCGUCGGCCCCGACGGCAAAGACGACAAAAAGGAGGGGGACGGCGGCAAGGGGCCCGGGGCCCCGUCGGGGGAGGCGGGCCCCGCGGGGCUGGCCCACAGCCGGAUUAGCUGCGGCGGGAUUACCGUGGACGUCAACCAGCACCCCGACGGGGGCUCGGGCGCCAAGGCCCCGGGGUCGGACGGGGCGGGCGUCGGGACCGGCCCCGGCGCCCCGGCCUCGUCGUCGUCGUCGUCCUCGUCGUCGUCGUCGUCCUCGUCGUCGUCGUCGUCGUCCGUGCUGGGCUCGGGCCUGGUGGCGCCCGUGUCGCCCUACAAGCCGGGCCAGACGGUGUUCCCCCUCCCGCCGGCGGGCAUGAGCUACCCGGGCAGCCUGGCCGGGGCCUACGCCGGCUACCCGCCCCAGUUCUUGCCGCCCGGGGUGGCCCUGGACCCCACGAAGCCCGGCGGCCUGGUGGGCUCCCUGGGCUGCGGCAAGCCGGCGGGGUCCAGCCCCCUGGCCGGGGCGUCCCCGCCGUCGGUGAUGACGGCCAGCCUGUGCCGGGACCCCUACUGUCUCAGCUACCACUGUGCCAGCCACCUGGCCGGGGCGGCGGCGGCGGCCGCCGGUUCCUCCUGCGCCCACGACCCCAACGCCGCGGCCGCCGCCGCCGCGGCCGCCGCCGCCGCCCUCAAGUCCGGAUACCCUCUGGUCUACCCGACCCACCCUCUGCACGGCGUCCACUCGUCGCUGGCCGCCUCCGGGCCGCCCUCCCUGACCGGCCACCCCCUCUACCCCUACGGCUUCAUGCUCCCCAACGACCCGCUGCCCCACAUCUGCAACUGGGUGUCGGCCAGCGGGCCCUGCGACAAGCGGUUCGCCACGUCCGAAGAGCUGCUGGGCCACUUGCGGACGCACACGGCCUUCCCCGGCACGGACAAGCUGCUGUCGGGCUACCCGGGCUCCUCGUCGCUGGCCAGCGCGGCCGCCGCCGCCGCCAUGGCCUGCCACAUGCACAUCCCCACCUCGGGGGCUCCGGGCAGCCCCGGGACCCUGGCCCUCCGCUCCCCCCACCACGCCCUGGGACUCGGCGGCCGCUACCAUCCUUACUCCAAGAGCCCCCUGCCCGCCCCCGGUGCCCCCGUGCCGGUGCCCGCCGCCGCCGCCGCCGCUGCCGCCGCCGCCGCCGGACCUUACUAUUCCCCCUAUGCCCUUUACGGACAGAGACUCACCACAGCCUCCGCCCUGGGCUACCAGUGAGGGCGGCCGCCACUGGCAUCGGGACUGGCACCGGGACUGGCACUGGCACCGAGGGGACGGCCAGGACGCUGCGGGGCCAGGGGACACACACACACACACAUAGACACGCCGGCCACCCAACCGCAGAGAGGCCCCCGGAUCCCCCCACGACCAAGA